CUCCCUGGUGCCUGUUUGCUGUAACCUGUGACCCUGUGAUCCUGUUCUCCGGCUGCUUACAAGAAUUUAGCCUUUCUCGCUGGGGCCGUCCCAGCGGAAGCCUUCCCUGCAGCGACCACUCACCGCUGGUAGCGGGGUGGCCGGAGCCGCGCGUGGCGGAGACUGAGCGGUGCGUAGUGAGGCGACCGAGUAGCCUGCCUUCAUCGCGUUCUUAGUUCGGGGCUUGUGAGGGUUAUGUUUUUUAAAGUGCAGCAAAUCCUUUAUUUGCUCCCAAAGGAGAAUGUGUUGCUGUUAAUACUUACUUGGUGUAGCUGUAUUGCUUACCUAUUAACUCCUUGAAAGGAGUCCCCUUAAAAUUACAGGUGACUCUACCUGAAUUUUCCAGUAGCAGAAUGUAUAGUACCUUUAAAGGUUGGCAAUGAUGAGUAAACUGGAAUUAAAGGAAGACAAGAUGCUGGAAGUUCAGUUUGUGGGAGAUGAUGAUGUUCUUAAUCACAUUCUUGAUAGAGAAGGAGGAGCUAAAAUUAAAAAGGAGCGAGCUCAGCUUUUGGUCAACACAAAAAAAAUAAUAAAGAAGCCGGAAACUGAUGUGGAGGAUGGUGACCAGGAAGUCUUAAGAGAUCAGAACUAUGUGGGAGUUUUGGGACGAGAUGUUCAAGAAUCCUUGAAAAAUGGCUCUGCUACAGAUGGUGGGAAUAAAGUUUAUUCUUUUCAGAAUAGAAAACAGUCUGAAAAGAUGCCAAAAUUAGAUUCAGAACUAGCAAAAACGCCAAGAAAAAAUGUUUCAUUCACUUUGAAGAAUGAUCCUGAAAUUAUGAUAAACACUCCCCAGUGUAGCAAGGGGCAUUCUGCUUCAGAAAAAGUUGAGUUGAAGAACAAUGAUCAAAGUGAAUUUCUGUCAACAGCAACUCGUGGCCUAAGGAAAAGAUUAAUAGUUUCAAGGUCUCCUUCUGACAGUGAAAGUGAAUAUUCUACUUCCCACUCAGAGGAUGAUGAAGAGGUUGCACAAGAAUAUGAAGAAGGCACUAACGAAUUCAGCCAAAAGAUUCAACCUCAGAAUAGAGUAGUUUCAGCUCCUGUUUGCAAAGAAACACCUCCUAAGAAAAUGAAAAGAGAUAAAACAAGUGACUUAGUAGAAGAAUAUUUUGAAGCUCACAGCAGUUCAAAAGUUUUAACCUCUGAUAGAACACUGCAGAAAAUAAAGAGAGCUAAAUUGGAUCAGCAAACUUUGCAUAAGUUACUGAGCAAGGUUUCUCCUUCCUUUUCUACUGAACUUAAACAACUAAAUCAACAAUAUGAACAAUUAUUUCAUAAAUGGAUGUUGCAGUUACACCUGGGGUUCAACAUCAUGCUUUAUGGUUUGGGUUCUAAGAGAGAUUUACUAGAAAGGUUUCGAACUACCAUGCUGCCAGACACCAUUCAUGUUGUCAUCAAUGGCUUCUUUCCUGGGAUCAGUGUGAAAUCAAUCCUGAAUUCUGUAACAGAAGAAGUCCUCAAUCAUGUGGGUACUUUCCGAAGUGUACUGGAUCAGCUGGACUGGAUAAUAAACAGGUUUAAAGAAGAUUCUUCUUUAGAACUCUUCCUUCUCAUUCACAAUUUGGAUAGCCAAAUGUUGAGAGGAGACAAAAGCCAGCAAAUUAUUGGACAGUUGUCAUCUUUACAUAACAUAUACCUUAUAGCAUCUGUUGAUCACCUCAAUGCUCCUCUCAUGUGGGAUCAUGCAAAACAGAGUCUUUAUAACUGGCUGUGGUAUGAAACAACUACAUAUAAUCCUUACACUGAAGAAACCUCCUAUGAGAAUUCUCUUCUGGUUAAACAGUCUGGAUCACUACCACUUAGUUCCCUAACUCAUGUCUUACGAAGUCUUACCCCCAAUGCAAGGGGGAUUUUCAGGCUACUAAUGAAGUACCAGCUGGAUAACCAAGAUAACCCUUCUUACAUUGGACUCUCUUUUCAAGAUUUUUACCAGGAGUGUCGGGAGGCAUUCCUUGUCAACAGUGAUACGACACUUCGGGCCCAGUUAACUGAAUUUAGGGACCACAAGCUUCUAAGAAUGAAGAAGGGAACGGAUGGAGUGGAGUAUUUAUUUAUUCCUGUUGACAAUGGAACAUUGACUGAUUUCCUGGAAAAGGAAGAAGAGGAGUCUUGAAACUAUUCUUUCCUCUUGAAUCUUCAGUGGAAGGGCUGCUGUACCCCAGCUGCCACUCCUCUAAAGUGUUGUGUUUACAUCUAACAGACUGUUUCCAGUAUAUAAGAGUUAAAACUGGGAGGGGGGAAUUCAUCAGUUAGAACCUUGAUUAGCCUGGCUGGUGUACCAUCUCUAGUACUAUGCAGUGGUCCUCAAGUUGGAGAAAAUGUGCCUUUCAUUCAUUACCUCUCUUGCUGGAAUGAAGUGUGCUCAGGGACUAUUUGGAACUGGAUGUUUUGCAUUCUUUUAUACCAGAGAUGAUGAUAUUCAUAAUGUUUUGAAGGGUCUGUUAACACUCCCAGAGCUGUUUGUAAAUGUGCUUGUUCCAGAGCAUGGAAGUACCAAGACACUGGCAUCACGUAAAUCUGCUCCAUUUGCUCUUCUGUGUGUCAGAACUGAUGAGUGUAAUGGAGAAGGCAGAUCCCCUCUUAACUCUUUCUGUAAUGGCUUACCAGAAAGUUUAGAUUGGGGAAAAGUAAGGUGAUCCAGUUUCUCCUUUUGGAUUUAGUCUACAUCCUGGUACAGGAAGAGGGGGCAUGCCACACUAUUCAGCUGGGAUAGUGGGAAAAACAUAACGAGUACCUAGAAUAUACCCAACCAUAGAAAGCACAUGAAUAAUAAUAGGUCAUGAUAUUCAGACAGAUAAUGUUUGUGCCAUCACCUUCAUGGUAGAAGUGAGAAGCCAGGCUAGAAACACAAUCCUGAAUUAUAUUUUUGUCACUGUUUUCAAGACAAUAGAAGAUAGAAUUUUAAUUAUUCUUAUAUAUUAACAUAUUUUUCUUUUCUUGAAUAACAUGCAGGUGACUAGCAUAUUAAUGGUUAGCUUAAAUUAAUUUUGAUUUCUCUAUUAAAUAGACCUAAAACUCACCAAGGCAUUUCAAUAUUUUUUUCUUAAAGUGACAAUUUCAAGCCUCCUAAAUAUUUACACAAGCCUUUUUUCUUCAGAAAGAAAAAAAAGAUGAGCCUUUGGCCACUGCAGGCUGUUUAUGGUCUUUGCAUACUCCCUAAAAUACUUCAUCCUUGGAAAUGAAAUUCUUCAUUAAAAUACAAGUAAUAAAGUAUGUACCACGUUAGCAUUUUUUACCCAUUAUUUACCAUACAAACCCCUUUCAUGAAAAUAUUUUCCAAAAUGCUUAGAAUUUUUUAAAUAACUCCUUUGUGGCAAUAAUUACUUUUAUGUUAAAUCCAUGUAUUAAGGGUUGUCUUAAAUAUAAUUACUAAAUACUAAAUUUGUACAUGUAUUUUUAAUUGUACAAUAGGAUAGUCAAUGAAAAGUGAGUCUCCCCAUUUCCGAAUCCAGCCCCUUAGGCAAGCAUGGGUAGCAGUUCAAGUAUUCCCACAGAGGUGCUCUAUGCAUAUGUAAGGGUAUUUGUCUAUCUCCUUUUAAAAACGCAAAUGGUAGCACAGACGAUACUUGCUGGUUUGCACCUUGCUUUUUUUGCUCAAUAUAUCUAGUUUAUAACUUAUAGUAUAAAAAAGUAUAUAAAAUCUUUAAUGACCUUAUGUGUAAACUUGCAUUUGCCCUUAAAUUUCUGGUUUAUUUUUAUAAUUUUUGUGUCUAUACUAUUUGCAAGCUGUAUGUGUCAACAGUCUACUUUUAAUAAAUAGCCAAUUUGUGUAGAAUCA